UAAAAGUGCCCCGUGGUUGCCCAUGCGCUCGCAGUUCGCGCCUAACUGCCCGACUGUUGCUCACGUUACUCUACUAUAGCUGCUUGAGCGAUACUGCAUACCAAUACACCAGUGUAUUUAGUGAAAAUUUGUGCAGGAGCCUUUGCUUCAUCGUGAAAAUGGAGGCGCUGAGUAGGCUAGUCGAGGGCUACCAUGACUUGAUGGACAACAAGAGUGACCAGAGGGUGAAAGACUGGUUUCUGAUGUCGUCGCCCUUCCCUACGCUGGCGAUAUGUCUCACAUACGUAUUCACAGUCAAAGUGCUGGGACCGAAGUUGAUGGAAAAUAGGAAACCGUUCGAGUUGAAAAAUAUAUUGAUAUUCUACAACUUGUUCCAAGUUAUAUUCAGUAUAUGGUUGUUCUACGAGAGUUUGAAGAGCGGUUGGUUUACCACGUACAGUUUUCGGUGUCAACCUGUUGAUUACUCGAGGUCUCCAGAAGCGAUGCGGACAGUCAGUGGAUGCUGGUGGUACUAUUUCUCAAAAUUCACAGAAUUCUUCGAUACGAUCUUCUUCGUAAUGCGCAAGAAGUUUGACCACGUGUCGAAGCUUCAUGUGAUCCACCACGGAAUUAUGCCCAUGUCAGUGUGGUUCGGAGUCAAGUUCACACCAGGUGGUCACUCGACUUUCUUCGGAAUGUUAAACACUUUCGUGCACAUUGUGAUGUACUCGUAUUAUCUUCUGGCUGCCCUCGGCCCUAAGGUUCAGAAGUACCUCUGGUGGAAGAAAUACUUGACAGCGCUACAGAUGGUUCAGUUCGUGCUGGUAUUCCUGCACGCGUUCCAGCUGUUGUUCAUCGACUGCGACUACCCUCGCGCCUUCGUCUGGUGGAUCGGCAUGCACGCCGUGCUCUUCUACUACCUAUUCUCCGACUUCUACAAACAGGCCUACCUCAAGAAAGCCAAAAGAGAAAAAGCCAAAGUAAAGGUUGAGGCAGACGCCUUGAAGUCAGACACGAAGGACAGGAGGCUGCCUCUACUUAACGGCUUCAGCAAUGGAUCCGCGCUCGGCGAUGUCCGGCAAAGGAUGGCGGGCGCAGUCGCGUCACAAUGAUCGCCUUCUUGGUACCCCCUAGUUUGAAGAAUCUCAUCGCACCGAGUGAAUACACUAUGUGUACUCACAUGAAUUCCUCUAAUUACAAAUACUAACCUAACCUUGUUACGGGUGACGCGUCGGCUCUGCCACAUAGCCCUAACAAAUAAAUAGCAGUUGGCACGAAACGUGCUUUAUAACGAUCAUAAACUACAUUUAAUUAUCGAUUCUUACUGACGCGAUGGUGCAGUAUAGUGUCGUGUCGCUCCAUGAUAAUGUUGCAUCAUCCUGAUGGGUAAGAACAAUCGAUAAACUGGUUAAAGUACAAAAUACGAGGGUCGAAAAUUGCCCGGACACCGCCGCGGUACCCGACGAGACUAUAAGCUCAAUUAGUUAUAAGUUAUUUGUAUACGUAGCUCAGUAGUGAUAGUAGUUGUAAUUUAUUCAAAACGAUUACUGUAAGUCCCUAGGAUUCUAAACAAUAACGAUUCUUGACUAUUUAUUCGGGCACGGAUAUGGUAGGACUAAGAUAGAGCCAGUAUUUCCAUUUGUAAAGAUGCACUUGGGAUGUUUCUGAUAGACAUCUAUAGAAAUGGUUUUUUAACGCUGUCAAAUUUGUUGUCUGAAUUUAUAUGAAAAAAAAAGCUGUAGAAACGCUUACUUACGCAUCUUGUAUUAUUUGAGAAAAGAGAGCAACGCUAGAUUCAUAAUGAGUUAAAUUGACAAAAUGUUUAAAGUAUGAAAUUGCCGG